GCCGGGGCCGCCCGCUCGGCGUGAAAGUUGACAAUUUGGCCCGUGUUUAUACUUGUGGUCCGGCAGCCCGGAGCAGGGAAGGAGGCCCGCUCCCGUGUUGAGUCCAGUGUGUUUGGCGCUGUCCGACGCCUUUAGCGCACCGUAAAAUAUGAACCAGAUGCUACAAUGACAUCCCGAUUUGGUAAAACCUACAGCCGAAGAGGUGGGGAGGGUACGUCCAAGUUUGAUGAAGUCCUCUCCAACAAGAGAGCCACCCUCAGCACCAAAUGGGGUGAGACCACCUACAAGGCUAAGGUGGGCUCUAAGCGCAUUGGUGCCCCCAAAAAUGACUCCGUGCUGGAUAUUCACAAGAAGCCUCGUCUAACUGAUGACAGCUCAGAGGAUCCAUUUGGUUUUGACAGUGAUGAAGAGUCCAAACCAGUGUCGUCUCGCAGCGUCCCCCUGGCCAGCAGCAAGGCCUCACCAGCCAAGCCAGCCUCAGCAGAGCCUCCUCAGGCUGAGAGACCAGACUACUCUUUGGAUGCGGGGAGUAAGUCCAGCUUUCAGGGAUGGUCCCAGACCUCGGUGCCUAGUCGAGGACAGAGCAGUGACAGGAGCCAGCCCAGGGUAGUUGAGGAUACAGCCAGGUUCUUCAACAGCAUUAUUACCACUACAGGAAAGUCACAGCAGAGCUCCUCCUCGUCAGAGAAGCAGCACAGCUACUCCUGGUAUCGGAAUGCUUCAGAAAGUGACAAGAAACCCUUGGCCCAGACCACCACGCUGAAGACCGAGUCUAAGGCAGACUCAACAUAUGAUGCCUGGGAUGCCAUCAUGGGCCUGCACCUGCCAUCACCCAGCCAAGGACCCCUCAACCCACCCUCUACCCUCUGGGCAUCAACUGUGGUCACCGCUAGCAACAAUAGCCUUGGACAGAGCUUAGGUCCGGGGCACACCAGGGAGGAGAAGGUUCCGUCUCCACAGCGGCUGCAAAGCCCAAGUGAGGAUUUAGGCAGUGACUUAGAUUUUCCAGUGGAGCCUUCCGAAGCGGAGGACCACUCCCACACCUCAUCCUCACUUGUUAGAAACGCCAACUGUCGGACCUACAGGAGGCCCAUUAAACAGGGCUCUCGCAAAGCCUCGGACUCCAGUAGCUACACCAACAAUAUAUUUGACGCCGAACUUCCCAAAGUCACUUCUGACAGGCAUAAUAAGACAACCAGCAGUGGGGCGGGGCGGGGUAGGACGAGGGACUACACAGUGCUUCAUCCAUCCUCCCAGUCAAUGUGUAAUGUCACCAACCAAGAGCGAGGGGUGGAGGAGUUUAACAGUGGCGGAGCACCCUCUAGCGGUAGCGUCACUGCUGGUUCUGGGGCCACAAAAGAGUUGGGAGAGGCAGGCUGGCAAAGAAAGAAGACGGAACCGGCCACAACCAAACUCAGGUUCGGGUCUACACAGAGCAAGUCGAAGAGGGACAGCAAGGUGAACCUGUUUGGAUUCGAGGAAGCUGAGACCCUACAGGAUGAAAACAGGACCAGCAAUGCUGCGGGCAGCUCAAGUUAUAAGAUCAAAUACUUUGGUUUUGACGACAUGAGCGACAGUGACGAGGAUGAAGACUUUUCUACAGAGAGGAGGAAGGCGAAGAGGGCUGCUGCCGCUAAGGCUGCAUUGGCGGCGGCCAUGGAAGCGCCCGUUGACAGCCCACCUGAUCCAUUCGAGAUGCUAGAGAGCCAUGAGAGACUAGAGGCCAAGGAGAGCCUAGAGAACACUGAGAAAAGCCAGCCUGUCAGCCGGUUAAGAACAGAAAUCGAGUUCUCGGAAGAAAGUCUCAGGGUGGUUGCCAUGGGUCCAAGAAGACCACCUCAGGGCAAACCAGCAGAGAAGAACCCGGACACGCACCGCAGGAUAUUUAGCGCACCAAAGAAGUCUCCUACUAAAGCGGUGUAUAAUGCUAGACACUGGACAGUGGAUAGUGAAGAGGAGCCACCGCCACCUUUCUUCUCACGACCACAGACUACCCCAGCUGCUGCAUCAGCCGGAGCUACUAGUAAGGACUCCUCCAGCUCCCAGAAGGAUGAAGGGGUGUUCAAGGCCCCUCCUCCUCCUACCAAGGUCAUCAAGUCGGUCACCAUACCCACGGAUCCCUACCAGGACUCUGUCACCGCUCUCAAAUGUCGCAAAGAGCACAAAGAGCUCUAUACAGUUGUCCAGCAUGUGAAGCACUUCAACGAUGUGGUGGAGUUCGGAGAGAACCAGGAGUUCACCGAUGACUUUGAAUAUCUGGCCGCCGGCCUCAAAAGUGGACAACCUCUCAAUACACGCUGCCUUAGUGUUAUCAGCUUGGCCACACGCUGUGCCAUGCCGAGUUUCAGGAUGCACCUCAGAGCCAGAGGGAAGGUGGCUCAGGUCUUCAAAACGCUCAACGAUGCCCCGCAGCACCCGAACCUAGCGCUCUGCACAGCCUCUCUGAUGUACAUCCUCAGUAGGGACCGGUUGAACAUGGAUUUGGACCGGUCCUGCUUGGACCUGAUGAUUCGCCUGUUAGAACUGGACCAGGACCAGGGUGGUGGCACUGGGGCAGACUCCACCCCUCAGCUCAGUGCCAGGGAGAUCGCCAAGGUCAAGGAGAAGAUCAGGAAGCUGUGCGACAAAGUUCACAAUAAGCACCUGGACUUACAGAACAUCACGACGGGUCACUUAGCCAUGGAAACACUGUUGUCUCUGACCUCCAAGAGAGCAGGAGACUGGUUUAAAGAAGAGCUGCGACUACUUGGAGGAUUGGACCACAUAGUAGACAAAGUGAAAGAAUGUGUAGAUAAUCUGAGCCAGGAGGACGACAAGGAGAAGCUAGUAUCAUCUCUCUGGGGGGCUGAGAGAUGUUUACGAGUACUGGAGAGUGUAACAGUCCACAACCCAGAAAACCAGAGCUACCUGAUUGCAUACAAAGAUUCCCGGCUUAUCAUCUCUUCUGCCAAGGCGUUGCAGAGGUGCGAGGCCAUGAUUCAGCGGUACAGCAGGGAGGUGAACAGUGCCGGCCACAACCUGCCCUGCAGCUCCAACAGCAACGUGGGCAAGGCUGUAGAGGACUGCACCAGGGCCAUCAUCGGAGUGCUUCUUAACCUGACGCACGACAAUGAAUGGGGCAGUACGAAGACCGGAGAGCAGGAAGACCUCAUCGUGACGGCUUUGAACUGUGUGCUCAGAGUUCCUCAGUAUCUCCCUGCGGAGCAGAGAUUUGACAUCCGAGUACUGGGUCUGGGUCUGCUAAUUAACCUGGUGGAGUACAGCGCCAGGAACAGACACUGUCUGAUGGAGAUGGAGAUGGAGGGGGGCCAGGGGCCCUGUGACACCACCGUCCUCCUCAGUCCACAGCACCAAGACAUUACCAACACUGGCCCCCUCAGCGCCAUAGCAGCGCUUGUACAGCUGUUCCUCCAGCGGGAGGCGGCUGCUGUCCUAGCGGAGGCGCAGACUGAUGACCUCAUCAAAGAGGCACCUAAACCGGCACUGGACCAGAGUGGGGAGUGGCAGGAGACGGGAGGGGAGAUCCAGUGGGUCGCCAACGACAACAAUACAGACAGACAGGAGGAAGCCAAGGAGAAGGUGGAAGAGGAUGGGGAGGAGCUGGACCUCAACAAAGCUCUGCAGCAUGCAGGGAAGCACAUGGAGGACAGCAUCGUAGCCUCCUACACAGCACUGCUACUGGGCUGUCUUUGUCAGGGGAGCCCGAUGAAUGUGACUACUGUUAGGGAGAAUCUGCCGAAAGGGGACUUCUCCAUCAUGACGGAAAUGCUCAAGAAGUUCCUCAACUUCAUGAACCUCACAUGCGAUGUUGGCACCACGGGACAGAAGUCCAUAUCCCGGGUCAUCGACUAUCUGGAGCACUGCUAGAGAGAGGCUCGUCGCCCACACAUUCGCGCCACCCGCCAACCGACUCUUCACCAUUACCUCUUCAAGACUGUUUAGAGCACUGACUGAUGGGAGACCCAAAGCAAUGCUAGAAACAGGCUACACACACACACACACAGACACACACACAUGCAGACAUAAGCACCAAUCUUCUCCCUCUGCUCCGGCACCAGAGCUUCAGGCUGUUGCAGUGGAAUUCUUUAAUCAGUCUUCAUCUGAAAACCACAGAAUCCACAUCAGCAGCCAAGACCAAGGACUUCACGGGACCUUUCGCAGUUUUAAGCCCGGUAACGACUUUGAAUUGCAGACAAAAAAACAAAAACACAUUUCUGGAAAAAAAAGGAACAGAGUAGUACUUUGGCGAGCAGACAGAGUAGUGCUCUGGUUCCAUUGGGUUUGUUUUCGAUGAUACCAUACUGAGACCGGGUGUCCUGGGCCCGCCCGCCAUCAAACUCAUCCAACACAGAACCAGCCACACUCUGGUUAACGAUUGUCGGAAAUGCGCUAGGAAUUUCUGAAGCAACUGUCCAGCCCACCCACCCACCCACCCACCACCACCUAGGGCGUAGUGUUGACCAGAGCACGUUUCUCUACCGUCGAGGUUCUCCUUCACAUUUUGCUUCCAGAAGGAGUCCGUGGAAGGAGUCUGUGCUGUUUUAAUCCUGAUCUCACCU